UGCCAAUUGCCCAGUGUGACCGCAGAAAACCAAGCAAAACAAGAGAACGCAAAAGCAGUGAAAAAAGACUACUGAUUUGCAUCGACCUACCAAUUGAAAAUAAUCGCAAUAAUAGCCCCUCGGUGCAGCAACGCAACCCCGCGAAGCCAGUGUGCGUGCUAGCACGAAAGUGAACUGCAUUUUGCAUCGCCAAAUUGCCCAAAAAUUGCAAUCGAAUUCCGCCCAGCCAAACAACAAUACGCACACAUACACACAGUACCCCCCGCUCUGCGUAACCGCCCGACGUUCCACAUUCCGUUCGCUCCCUAAGGUGAUCUAAAACUAAAGUGAUCUAAAACGGUCCCAACAUGACUGCAGCGCCAUACAACUACAACUACAUCUUCAAAUACAUCAUCAUUGGUGACAUGGGCGUGGGCAAGUCCUGCCUGCUCCACCAGUUCACCGAGAAGAAAUUCAUGGCCAAUUGUCCUCACACCAUUGGCGUGGAGUUCGGCACACGCAUCAUCGAGGUGGACGACAAAAAGAUCAAGCUACAGAUCUGGGAUACGGCGGGUCAGGAGCGAUUCAGGGCAGUCACACGCUCCUAUUACCGUGGAGCAGCUGGUGCGCUGAUGGUCUACGAUAUAACCAGGCGCUCCACUUACAAUCACCUGAGCAGCUGGCUCACCGACACUCGCAAUCUCACCAACCCCAGCACUGUGAUCUUUCUCAUUGGCAACAAGUCGGAUCUGGAGAGCACUCGGGAGGUUACCUACGAGGAGGCCAAGGAGUUUGCCGACGAGAACGGCCUCAUGUUUCUCGAAGCGAGCGCUAUGACUGGCCAGAAUGUGGAGGAGGCUUUUCUGGAGACCGCUCGCAAGAUUUACCAGAACAUCCAGGAGGGUCGGCUCGACCUGAACGCCUCCGAGUCCGGAGUUCAGCACAGGCCAUCGCAGCCGUCGCGAACUUCGCUGAGUAGCGAGGCUACGGGCGCCAAGGAUCAGUGCUCGUGCUAAAUGAAUGAUGCAACCUAACUUUACGCAAACCUAGUUAUACAAAUCAACUUUUAUUUUUAGCCGACUCGUAAUCUACCGAUGCCCAAGCAAAAACCAAUGUAUGUAGUUAAAUAAUUCGAUUAAGCAUCAAUGUGUGAGCCAACAACAGCGACAGCAACCACAAAAAAAAAAGAAAAGAAAAGAAAAUAUAAAGUCCUUUCGCUUAAAACACUUCAACAUUUAUUGUAUCGAUUAAGCAUAAAUACUAGAAAAUUAAACAUGUUUGUUGGUUCGCGCGAAUCAAAGUUUUGACCAUGAAAUUUCGAAAAGUUUAUCGCACUAAACAUUUCAAUCUAUAGAUGAAUUCGUUUGAGAUAGAUCAUGUUUUUGUUGGCUGAUGAAUCCCUGUAUAUAUAUAUAUGUAUGAAUUUUUGUAUCUCCCUCAUUUUUUGUUGAGUAUUUGUUGUUGUCGCAAGAAUAGGAGAAAACGAUCAAUGUUAUAUGAAUAUUUACGAUGUAUUAAUGGCAUAAUGCAAUAGGAAAUAAAUAAAAUGGUAUUUAUAAAACCCCUACCAAUAGAAA